UGACUCUGCGUGUGUGUCUGUGUGUCUGUGUUGUGUACUCGGAAGUUAAGCUAGUUGUGUGUGCAUGUCUUGGAUAUUUUUUAAAAUAUUAUGUGUUUUUACCCUUUCGCUGCAGCGUAAAGUCUCAUCUUCGGUAUAUUUCCUGUCAGUCAUAUACAUGCGGGCAGAUGAGACGCGUUGGUGAGCCCCUUUACGGGUGGAAAGUGUGAGCUACAGCAGCUUAGCUAACGUCAUGCCAUUGUAGGAUUUCUUGCUAGGUCUCUGUUUACAGGACGUUUGUUUUUGCGAGUAUUUUCCGUGAUAUACUGUAGGUACAUUAAGCCAUGGCUUCAAUCCUUGAUGAAUACGAGGACUCGCAAAACACCCGGCAGCAUGCACAGCAACACAGCCGCCUGUCAGCCGCUAACAUCGGGAUAACACACUCAGGCUUUGUGAAUGUGAGACUUGAGGAGGAGAAGCCGAUAUUCAAUAAGCAAAGGAUCGAUUUUUCACCGCCUGAGAAGAUCAACCACUUUGCAGUCUGCAACAAUCAGCUAUGCAUGAGCCUGGGAAAGGACACACUGUUGAGGAUUGACCUGGCCAAACCAGAUCAGCCUAACCAGAUUGAACUGGGAAGGAAAGAUGACACCAAAGUGUAUAAACUGUUCCUGGACCCUACAGGUGAGAGCAGCCUCAACAUUAAAGCGCUCCAUCUGCUGAUCAGCCUGACCACCAGUGAGUGUCUGUAUCUUAAUAGGAACACCCAGAAGGUCCGCAGCCUGUCCCGCUGGCGAGGCCACCUCAUCGAGAGCGUGGGCUGGAACAAGUUGCUGGGCAGCGAGACCAGUACAGGGCCCAUCUUGGUUGGCACCAGUCAAGGAAUCAUCUUUGAGGCUGAGAUCUCUGCAACUGAGGGCAGCCUGUUCAACACCAAUCCAGACCAAUAUUUCAGACAGGUCCACUCUCUGGAGGAAGAUGGGAAGCCGGCACCCGUCUGCUGCCUGGAGGUCGAGCGAGGCCUGGAGAACAAGUACUUCAUUAUCGCCACCACCCGCAAGCGCCUGUUCCAGUUUGUGGGUAAGGUGGCUGAGGGCUCCGAGCAGCAGGGCUUCAGCUCCAUCUUCACCCAGAACCAGGACCUGCUGCCCAGCUUCCAGGAGUUCCCAGCCAACAUGGGCUACAGUGAAAUCACCUUUUAUACCUCCAAGCUUCGCUCCAGCCCCAAAGCCUUUGCCUGGAUGAUGGGUAAUGGAGUUCUCUAUGGUCAGCUGGACUAUGUCAGGCCCGAUUCCCUGCUCAGUGAUGUGCAGGUAUGGGAGUACACCUCCGACAUAGACCUCAGUUUUAAUAAGCCCAUUUCCAUCGUGCUGACACAGUUCCACUUCUUGUUGUUGCUUCCUGACCGAGUCAAAGCCAUCUGCACCCUGAACGGACAGGUGGUAUAUGAGGAUGUGUUCCCAGACAAGUUUGGCACCCUCAAGAAGAUGAUCAAGGACCCAGUUGGUGGCUUGGUCUGGAUCUACACUGAGCGGGCGGUCUUCCGAUACCACAUCCAGCGUGAGGCCAGGGAUGUCUGGCAGAUGUACAUGAGCAUGAACAAAUUUGAUCUGGCCAAGGAGUACUGCCGCGACCGGCCCGAGUGCAUGGACAUGGUGCUGGCCAAGGAGGCUGAGCACUGCUUCCAGAAUAAGCGAUACCUAGAGAGUGCCAAGUGCUAUGCGCUGACGCAGAACUACUUUGAGGAGAUAGCGUUAAAGUUCAUCGAGGCCAAACAAGAGGAAGCCCUGAAGGAGUUCUUACUGAAGAAAUUGAACAAUUUGAAGCCAAGCGAGAGAACACAGAUCACCUUGCUGGUCACGUGGCUAGCAGAGCUCUACCUGAACCGGCUGGGUCAGCUUGAGGUUGAUGGCAACACUGCGAUCUUCAGGGAAACCCAGGAAGAGUUCCGCCACUUCCUCAGCAGCUCCAAGCACAAAGAGUGCCUGUUCAACAACCGCACCACCAUCUACGACCUUCUGGCCAGCCAUGGCAACGUGGACGACAUGGUUUACUUCUCAGUCAUCAUGCAGGACUACGAGAGGGUCAUAUCCCACCACUGCCAGCAUGACGACUACAGCGCUGCUCUGGAUGUGCUGUCCAAGCACUGUGACGAGAAACUGUUUUACAAGUUCUCCCCUGUACUCAUGCAGCAUAUCCCCAAAAAAGUGGUGGAUGCGUGGAUUCAGAUGGGCAAGCGGCUCGAUCCAAAGAAGCUCAUCCCGGCCCUGAUGAACUACAGUGAGAUGGGCAGCACCCAGCAGAUCAGCGAGACAAUCCGCUACAUGGAGUUCUGUGUGUACCAGCUGACAGUGACAGAGGAGGCCAUCCAUAACUACCUACUGUCCCUCUACGCCAAGUACAAACCAGACUCUCUGCUGUGGUAUCUGGAGCAGGCAGGAACCCACGCCUCAGAGAUCCACUAUGACUUGAAGUACGCCCUCAGACUAUGUGCAGAACAUGGCUACCUGCAGGCCUGUGUCCUGGUCUAUAAGAUUAUGGAACUCUACGAGGAGGCAGUGGAUCUUGCUUUGCAAGUGGACGUGGAUUUGGCCAAGUCAUGUGCCGAUCUGCCUGAGGACGAUGAGGAGCUGAGGAAAAAGCUGUGGCUGAAGAUUGCCCGCCAUGUGGUGCAGGAGGAAAAAGAUGUGAAAAAAGCCAUGAACUGUCUGUCCAGCUGCAACCUGCUCAAGAUUGAAGACAUCCUGCCAUUCUUCCCUGAUUUUGUCACCAUUGACCAUUUUAAGGAGGCCAUCUGCAGCUCCCUGGAAGAGUACAACCAGCACAUUGAGGAGCUGAAGCAGGAGAUGGAGGAGGCCACGGAGAGCGCCAAGCGCAUCCGAGAGGACAUCCAGGAAAUGAGGAACAAGUAUGGCGUGGUGGAGUCCCAGGAGAAGUGUGCUGGUUGUGACUUCCCCUUGCUCAACAGGCCCUUCUAUCUGUUCCUGUGUGGACACAUGUUCCACUAUGACUGUCUGCUUCAGGAGGUGACCCCCCACCUGUCGGCCUACAAGCAGAGUCGUCUGGAGGAGCUGCAGAAGAAGCUGGCUGCAGCCACACAGUCCUCCAAGUCCCGUCACCGCCCGGCGCCCAAAGAGGACGGCGACUCCUCCAGUCUGGGCAAGGGCAGCGCAGGCGUCAGCCGCGAGCAGAUAAAGUCGGACAUUGACGACAUCAUCGCGUGUGAGUGUGUGUACUGCGGCGAACUGAUGAUCAAGUCCAUCGACAAGCCGUUCAUUGAUCCUCAGAAGUUUGAGGAGGAGAAGUCCAGCUGGCUAUGAACGAGGCCUCUCAUCGCUCAGUGAAUGGAUGGACAUACGGAAACCUACUGUGUGAAACUACUCUCACAACCAGUUUGGUUUCCUCACCCAUUCACAGGUGGCAGAGAUUCAGCUUGCUGUUGACAAUGCCUACUGCCUGAACCUGUAUCAGCUUCAUUUGAUUUCUACAGAGUAUGCUUGUUAUAUUCUGUUGACAGUAUUUGAGGCUGAUUUGAAGACCUCUGCACCAUAUAUGGGAUCAUCUAGCGAAAAGCAGCCUUAAAAUAACUAUUUGUAGUAUUGCGGACAUUGUAAAGAAGAAAAUGGGAUGAGGUAAUGUGAAAUAAUGCUAGGCCUGUACAGUACGUGUAUGUGCCUGAUACACAACCUACUGAUGAUGGUAGAGAAAGAUCCAGAAACUAGGAUCAGAUACAGCUGCACUAUAUCACUGUAAUGUCAACUAAGUCAUGCACUUGUCUGAUCUGGUAAAAGCUUGAGCUGCCCUCAGACAGCAUCUGUGUUUCCCAGCUGAGUCCAGCCUCUGAACUCGGCCUCUUCCUAUUCAGCAUCUAACAAGCAAAUCAGCUCGACCCUAACAAACUAGUACUUCAUAUAUUGUUUUGCAACUCUGUUAUUGCACAUUUAUGAUUGUUCUCAUGGCUGUUGUCAUUGAUGGUGUAAUAAAUAUUUAAUAAACAA